GGCAAUGACCGCCUGCGCCCUCCUCGCGGGUGGGUUUCGGGACCGUGGGCUCCGCGCCCCCGCGCACUGGGCUCCGUCUCCGCCCCGCCUUCCCCGGACCCCGCCGGGGCCCCGGCCUCCGCUGCGGCUCCUGCUGCUGCUGCUGCUGCUCCUGCCGCGCUCCGCCCUCUCCGCCGCGUUCACAGUUGGGGUGCUGGGACCCUGGGCCUGCGACCCCAUCUUCGCCCGUGCCCGCCCGGACUUGGCCGCCCGCCUGGCCGCUGCCCGCCUGAACCACGACGCUGCCCUGAAGGGCGGCCCCCGCUUCGAGGUCGCGCUGCUGCCCGAGCCGUGCCGGACGCCAGGCUCACUGGGCGCGGUGUCCUCCGCGCUCACCCGCGUCUCGGGCCUCGUGGGGCCGGUAAACCCCGCAGCCUGCCGGCCCGCCGAGCUACUGGCCCAAGAGGCUGGGGUCGCGCUGGUGCCCUGGGGCUGCCCGGGGACGCGGGCGACGGGCACCACGGCUCCCGCGGUGACGCCCGCGGCGGAUGCCCUCUACGCCCUCCUGCGCGCGUUCCGCUGGGCGCACGUGGCCCUGGUCACCGCCCCCCAGGACUUGUGGGUGGAGGCGGGACGCGCACUGUCCACCGCGCUCAGGGCCCGGGGGCUGCCCGUUGCCUUGGUGACCUCCAUGGAGCCCUCGGACCUAUCUGGGGCCCGGGAAGCCCUGAGGAGGGUCCGGGAUGGGCCCAGAGUCCGAGCAGUGAUCAUGGUGAUGCACUCGGUGCUGCUGGGCGGCGAGGAGCAGCGCCGUCUACUGGAGGCUGCAGAGGAGCUGGGCCUGGCCGAUGGCUCCCUGGUCUUCUUGCCCUUCGACACGCUCCACUACGCCUUGUCUCCAGGGCCAGACGCCUUGGCCGCGCUCGUCAACAGCUCACAGCUUCGCAGGGCCCACGAUGCGGUGCUCACUCUCACGCGUCACUGUCCCACGGGAAGCAGCGUACUGGACAGCCUGCGCAGGGCCCAAGAGCAUCGGGAGCUGCCCCCUGACCUCAAUCUGCAACAGGUAUCCCCACUCUUCGGCACCAUCUAUGACGCCGUCUUCUUGUUGGCUGGGGGCGUGGCCCGAGCGCGGGCGGCCGCAGGUGGCAGCUGGGUGUCGGGAGCAGCCGUGGCCCACCACGUCCAGGAUGCCCAGGUCCCUGGCUUCUGUGGGGCUCUGGGAGGAGCUGAGGAGCCCCCGUUUGUACUACUGGACACAGAUGCGGCUGGAGACCGGCUGUUCGCCACAUACGUGCUGGACCCCACUCGGGGCUCCUUCUACUCUGCUGGGACCCCAGUGCAUUUCCCUAGAGGGGGAAGGGGGCCUGGGCCUGACCCUUCGUGUUGGUUUGACCCAGACGUCAUCUGCAACGGAGGUGUGGAGCCCGGCCUCGUCUUUAUCGGCUUUCUCUUGGUGGUUGGGAUGGGGCUGACAGGGGCCUUCCUGGCCCAUUACUUUAGGCACCGGCUACUUCACAUCCAGAUGGUCUCUGGCCCCAACAAGAUCAUCUUGACUCUGGACGAUAUCACUUUCAUCCACCCACAAGGGGGAAGCUCUCGAAAGGUGGCCCAGGGAAGUCGACUGAGUCUGGCCACCCGCAGCGUGUCAGACAUUCGCAGUGUCCACAGCCAGGCCCCGGACAGCACCAACAUUGGCCUCUAUGAGGGAGACUGGGUUUGGCUGAAGAAAUUCCCAGGGGAUCAGCACAUAGCUAUCCGCCCAGCAACCAAGACUGUAUUUUCCAAGAUCCGGGAGCUUCGGCAUGAGAACUUGGCCCUCUACCUGGGGCUCUUCCUGGCUGGUGGAGCAGGUGGCCCUGCGGCCCCCGGGGAAGGCACGCUGGCUGUGGUCUCAGAGCACUGUGCCCGCGGCUCCCUCCAAGACCUUCUCGCCCAGAGAGACAUAAAGCUGGACUGGAUGUUCAAGUCCUCCCUCCUGCUAGACCUCAUCAAGGGAAUAAGAUAUCUGCACCAUCGAGGCGUGGCUCACGGGCGGCUGAAGUCACGGAACUGCGUGGUGGACGGAAGGUUCGUGCUUAAGAUCACGGACCAUGGUCAUGGGCGACUGCUGGAAGCGCAGAGGGUGCUACCGGAGCCUCCCAGCGCGGAGGACCAGCUAUGGACAGCCCCGGAGCUGCUUCGGGACCCAGCCCUGGAGCGCCGGGGAACGCUGGCCGGCGACGUCUUCAGCCUGGGCAUCAUCAUGCAGGAGGUGGUGUGCCGCAGCGCCCCCUACGCCAUGCUGGAGCUGACCCCCGAGGAAGUGGUGAAGAGGGUGCAGAGCCCCCCUCCAUUGUGUCGGCCCUCAGUAUCCAUGGACCAGGCGCCCAUGGAGUGCAUCCAGCUGAUGAAACAGUGCUGGGCAGAGCAGCCGGAACUUCGGCCCUCCAUGGACCGCACCUUCGACCUGUUCAAGAGCAUCAACAAGGGCCGGAAGAUGAACAUCAUUGACUCAAUGCUGCGGAUGCUGGAACAGUACUCCAGUAACCUGGAGGACCUGAUUCGAGAGCGCACAGAGGAGCUGGAGCUGGAAAAGCAGAAGACAGACCGGCUGCUCACACAGAUGCUGCCUCCGUCUGUGGCUGAGGCUCUGAAGAUGGGGACACCUGUGGAGCCCGAGUAUUUUGAGGAGGUGACACUUUACUUCAGUGACAUCGUGGGUUUCACCACCAUCUCAGCCAUGAGUGAGCCCAUUGAAGUGGUGGACCUGCUCAACGACCUCUACACGCUCUUUGAUGCCAUCAUUGGCUCCCACGAUGUCUACAAGGUGGAGACAAUUGGGGACGCCUAUAUGGUGGCCUCCGGGCUGCCCCAGCGGAACGGGCAGCGACAUGCAGCAGAGAUCGCCAACAUGGCUCUGGACAUCCUCAGUGCCGUGGGCUCCUUCCGAAUGCGCCACAUGCCGGAGGUGCCUGUGCGCAUCCGCAUCGGCCUGCACUCGGGCCCGUGCGUGGCGGGCGUGGUGGGCCUCACCAUGCCGCGGUACUGCCUGUUUGGGGACACGGUCAACACCGCCUCGCGCAUGGAGUCCACCGGACUGCCUUACCGCAUCCACGUGAACAUAAGCACCGUGAGGAUUCUGUGCGCACUAAAUGAGGGCUUCCAGACUGAGGUGCGGGGCCGCACGGAGCUGAAGGGCAAGGGCGCCGAGGACACGUACUGGCUGGUGGGCAGACGCGGCUUCAACAAGCCCAUCCCCAAACCGCCCGACCUGCAACCCGGGGCCAGCAACCACGGCAUCAGCCUGCAGGAGAUCCCUGCUGAGCGGCGCCAGAAGCUGGAGAAGGCGAGGCCGGGCCAGUUUUCCGGAAAGUGAAGCCCGGCCUGGGACAGGAUUAUUCUAGAAGAUCCUUUUCCUGAAAGUUGCUGCUAUAGGUGACCAAGAGUCUGGCUAAUACCAGUGACUUCUGUCCAGCUCGGCCUCAAAGGAUUCUGGGCCUUUACAAGAGUUGGUUGCGAGUCAGCUGUAUGACCUUGGGAAAGCCUCACGCACUCUCUCGGCUUGGGUUCCCAUCCAUGCUGCAGUGAAGAGUGGCCUAGGUGGUUUCCACACCCCCUUGACUCUGACAGCUGAGCUUCAGAAUGGUUGGCCUUGGGAUAUGGGGCACUGGGCAUGUGGCCUUCAGCCCCAGUGACCCUGAGCCCAUCAGGGGAUGUUGGGGUGGGGGAUUCUCCACUUUGCAGGGCCUCUCAAGGCCCCAGGAGGGAGGAUCUGGGAUUGGAUGCCCCAACCCCAGAGAAGGUGGAGAUCUCGUGUUCCACCAGAGCAGCUGUUGUCAUGUGGCCUGUGGAUUCGAGGGUUUCUGUUUAGCCACAAGCAUCCUUCCCUUCUCCAUCCCCCACCAGUUAGAAACUGGCUCCUUCGCCUGGGGUAUAACCACAUAACUGGCCCAAGUGCAGAGAAAACUUGCUUCAAGGCUUUGGGGAAAGAAAGGGAAACAAAUCGCACCAAACCUCUACUAACCAGAACACCCAGGAGUGGUAGUGUUCUCUGUUGAACUGGGCGCUGCUGAGCAGGCAGUUGGACAGAAAAUCCUCCCUGCUUAGAUCUUUGCCACAAGCGUCAGCCCCUCCCAACCUGGUAAGUCCCCAGCUGAAGUUUCUUUUGUGGACCUCUGAUGUUCCAGAGCCUGGACCUUGGCAUGUUGAACUCCAGGUGUCCUUCACCAUUGCUGCAGACCCUGGCAGAACUUAGCAGCAGCUGCAGCCACCCAGGCUGCCACUCGAGAUAGUGAGCCUCCAGUCCCUGGAGGUGUGCAGGCAGGACUGGAGACAUCUUUGAGCAGGGAUAGAACCAUCAGAGGGAAUUCUAGGUGGAAGGAUGAACUAAAUCCUCAUCUUGCCAAAUGUGUUCGUGGGCCAGCAGCAGCAACGUCAGAUGGGAGCUUGUUAGAAAUGCAGAAUCUCAGGCCUAGAUGUAUUAUGUCAGAAUCUGCAUUUUAACAAGUUCCCUCAGAGUACUUAUAUGCACAUUACAGCUUCCAGAUCACGGAACUAAAUGAUCCCAGGAUCCCUAAAUCUCAGAAUCACUAAGAUUUCAUACAAACCAGGCGAGAAACUAGCCCUGAGACUUGUUUUCUAUGGUCAACAGGGUGGUUUGGGUUUGGGGUUGAGCUAGCAGUUAAAAAUCAAGAAAUAACACAUUUUAAAAAUGUCUACCAAGUUCCCGUCUUCUCUGAAAUCAAAAACCCCACACAGGGGCAACUGCUGACUUCGCGCUGGAGCUAAAGAUGGACCAUCCCCUCAUCCCCUCUCUCCAGGGUUUCACUCUUCCAUUCUCACAGUGCCCACCACUUCCCUUGGACUCCAAGACACCAAGAUCUUCUUAAUAUCCCUUAUGUAACAGUCUGGCAUCUGUAGGCAUUGGAGCUCAGGACUCUGGACUGGCUGAUGUUAGGAUUACAGGCGCUCCUGGAGGUUGCUUUGCCUGACUCAUGAAUUCUGCAAGCUUAUAGUGGUCUUCCCCUCCUUCAUAAAGGCAGAGAAAGAACAUAAGAAAACCUAAAAUCCAGCACUUGUAGGUUCUGGUUACUUAAGGUGGUGCUGCUAUAGUGAGUAAUAUAGUACAAUUUAUAAAAAAAACAUUUUUCACCGAGUUUGGAGAUGAUGAAUUAAAGAUUUUUUUUAAAACCCUGAUGUGCGCGCACACACAGACACACAAUUUAUUUUUUAAAGUAUGUACAUUCUUAACCAUCUCUCUUCAGAUUUUUCUCUGUACUUAGGUCCUAGGGAUUGAGGGCAGGCUGCACUGUGGGCACUGGACCUGACAGCCUUUUCCCUCCUUCCUUCUCCUCCCUGGCCCCGCCCUUUCCUCUCCUUCCCUCCCUGCCUGCGAGGGGCCUCUGGUAGUUAAUGGCCUUGAUUGAGGGGCGCUUCAGGAAAGAGUUGUGCUGGAGGAUUAGCGUGAACUGGCUGGGGCAGGGCACCCCCCAGAGGGCAGGAGGAGGAGCUGGGGCCCAAACUCAGUCUGGGGCAGAGGUGGGGCAGGCAGGGCUGAGGGGGUCUCUUCUCACCCUCAGCUCCGCCUUGUUCCCAGGACUCCAUCUCAGAUAAGCAUGUGAUGUGACUGGGGGAGAAGCUGGUAAAGGAGGCUGUCCUCCUCCCCCGCUGGGAGAACUCAGGGCCGCCCACCCCAGAGCUUACAGAGCUGGCAGGAGAAGAGAAGGGAAGUCAUUCAGCCUCAGUCUCCUCUCUGCCCCUGGUCUCUCCCUGCCCCGCAGUUUCUCCCUGCCUUUCUCCUCCUUUUCCAUGGAACCUGUUUUCCUAGGCCCCAAUCUCCUAGAGCCCUGCUGCCCAAGUCCUCUCCACCUCGUCACCCUGCUGUUCCUGGGACCCAGGCAACUCCCAGCUCAGAGAGCACCUGACUUGGCCACUAGGCACUCCUCACCCUCGGAUGUGUUUACACUGCCUCUGCCUGCUGGCCAGUGCCAGGAGCCCACGCUUGGGGCUGUCCCUGCCUUCGGGAUGGCCCUCUAGCAGGGCCCAGGGACGGCCAAAGCAGGAACCUCUCACAGCUGCUGCUGCUGCUUUCAUCCCAAAGCAGGGACGCCACAGCAGGUCCCGGGGCUCCUCUGGAGCCUUUUGUCUGUGCUGCUCCUCAGGGUCUGGGCCCUACUCCCCAUCCCCAUCUGCAGGGGAUCCCAGGCACCCCGACUGGGGAAUCUGUGAUGCUGUGUUGUGGGGCUGUGUCCACCGGGCUCUUCUGGACUGUGCCCUGUGGACACCAGGCCGUGUGCCAUGGUGUUGGGUCCUGGUGGGGUGGGGGCUGAAAUAAAGGUCUGCUUUCUUCCA